AUGGCCUCCUCCACAGGCCACAGAAAGAGCCCUCGCUGCAACUCCACCAACACCAAAUUCUGCUACUACAACAACUACAGCCUCUCUCAGCCCAGAUACUUCUGCAAAACAUGCCGCCGCUACUGGACAGAAGGCGGCUCCCUCCGCAACAUCCCUGUCGGCGGUGGUUCCCGCAAGAACAAGCCUUCUAUUUCAACUAAUUUGGUGCCUCCGCCACAAAACCCUAAAAUCCACGAUUUCAAAGCCCUAAGCGAGAUCAUCUCAUCUUCACCGCCGCAGCAGCAUCUCUCGUUGCUGGCGGAUCCGUACUCGUCCUCGCUCAACUUCUCGCUGGAAGGGCUUGUGAGCGGCUAUGGAAGCUUCCAGGGGCUUCCGGAAACGAGUGGGAAGCUUCUGUUUCCCAACAAUGCUCCACAUCAAAAUGGAGGAGAUCAUGGAUAUUGGAAUGGUGGUGGAUCAUGUUUUAGGUAAUUAUAUCUAUGUGGAGUAGUAUCUUUGGUUGUUAUAUAAUAAUAAUAAUAAUUAUUAUUAUUAUUAAGGAUGUUGGUGUUAGAAGCUUGUUUUUAGAUAUGGCUUCAGGUUGCAGUAGCAAGUGAGGGAGAUGGUUUAUAGUGAUAGAAGAAGAGAUUGCAAUUGGCCUUGAUUUUUGAAUGGAAUUAACCAGCUGCACUACUAGUUUAUUCUUCUAUCAACACAAGGAGAGAGCUACUUUGGAAUUAGAAUUAAGUCUCAUUUUCUUUGCCUAUAUAAUUGUGUAAUAGGAGUAACUUAAUUAUAACUCAACUUUUUAAUUAUUCAGCUUUGUAAUGGAUUUGCUAUAUCUUUGUUUGGAAACACAUACUUUUUGUUAAUUUCUUCAAUUCUCUGUUUUUGGUAUAUCAUGCAUGCUAUUGUUUUGGAAUUAAGAAAUAUUUACAAAUAUGUGGGCACUUUUUUCAUGAAGAUUUGAUUAUUGUGGUUAGGUCUAGCUAAUUAGAGGAGAUAGUUUGUACACACCUGCUGCAUCUUCAGAGAAAAGAGGAAAGCAGAUUUACCUAAUAAUGGUAUUGGUAUCCAAACAGGCAUCAACAGUG